AUGCCGCCUAAGAAAGAUCAUGAGGAAAUUUCGAUGGCUGAUUUACACCGAUCGUUAAUAGCGAUGCAGGAAUCUCUGCAACAAACGCUGCAACAGUCGAUUCAUACUCUAGGAGAGACUCUGGCUCAAAACCAGCAGACUUUGAUUGCCGCUGUUACUGCAAAUAAUCGUGUCGUUGGUGCAAACGCCAACAACGAAGCCAUCGUGCUCGACAAUAAUCCUCGUGAGCGUCCUCACCACCAACAGAUACAGCACCAACAACCCGAGGGGCGACACAAUCAACAGGGUAAUGAUCGUCGCUGGGAAACAGGGCUUAAAGUGGAUAUUCCGGAAUUUCAGGGAAGUGUACGAGGAGAGGACCUGUUAGAUUGGAUCAUCGCUGUGGAAGAGGUACUUGAGUUUAAACAGGUUCCGCCAGAACGUCGCGUGUCACUCAUUGCCACAAGGUUUCGAGGUAGAGCAGCUUCAUGGUGGUUACAGUUCAAAACAAAUAGAGCUCGUACAGGAAAAACAAAGAUUGAGACAUGGGAAAAGCUUAAGAAACAUCUCCGAGCACAGUUUCUUCCGCUGAACCAUGACCGUACAAUGUUUACGCGGCUGCAGAAUUUACGACAAGGUUCGCGCACAGUUGACGAAUAUGCUGAAGAGUUUUAUUUGUUACUUACCAGGAACGAACUCAAUGACACGCAAAUCCAACUCGUUUCACGGUUCAUUGGUGGACUUCGUCCUCAAUUGCAGAAUUCGUUGGCUCAGUUCGAUCCUACAACGUUAGCUGAAGCACACCGCCGCGCUUUGGCUUUUGAGUCACAGAGCAAAUUCCCAACAUCUUGGAAUUCGCAGAACGCAUGGAAAAGCAAAGUAGGUCCAUCAGAGGCAGAGAACAGUUUAUCUUCACCCGACGUGGCCACUAAAACAAACUCUCACAAUCGUACAACCAUUCCUGAAGAUACGGGGCUCCGACGUUCUUCUAGAAACGCUUUACGUUGCUAUUCGUGUGGAGAACAAGGUCAUCGGCAAACCGCUUGCCCAAAUCAACAACGACGAGGAUUGCUUAUUGACGAUGGUGAGCAUUUGGAUCCAACUUGUGACGAUCUCGAAGACGAAGAAAUCGAGGAGACUCCCACCGCAGGAGACACUAAUGCACCUUCGCUAAUGAUGCGUCGAAUCUGUCUUGCACCAAUCGGUUAUGAAGAACCAUGGCUUCGGUCAAAUAUUUUUCGUUCGACGUGCACCAUCAAAGGGAAGCUGUGCAACUUUGUUAUUGAUUCAGGGAGUUGUCACAAUGUUAUAUCAGAGACUGCAGUUAAAAAACUUGGAUUAAAGAGAGAAGAUCAUCCUGCACCGUAUACAUUGGUAUGGAUUUCAGAAGGCACAGAAGUAAAGAUUACACAUCGAGCUUUGGUUUCUUUUUCUAUUGGAGCCUUCUACAAAGAUACCAUCUACUGUGAUAUCGCUCCAAUGGAUGUGAGCCACUUAAUUUUAGGGCGUCCUUGGCAGUUUGAUCGCGAUACCUCCCAUUCCGGAAAAAAGAAUACCUACAGCUUUGUGUUUGAAAAUCGCAAGAUUAUUCUCUUACCAAGUCCAGAGCCAACGUCACUUCCUCUUGUUACUCAUAGAGUCGAUGUCCAGCCACAUGUUACGACCGGAAACCCCUCUCAGUCGACGUUGCUUUGUUCUCGAGCUCAGUUCGAAACCGAACUUCGACAGUCGAAGUUUUUGCUGGCAUUAGUGCCAUCGUCUCCUUCUCAAAAAACAGGUCCGAUUGAAUUACCACCUGCGUUUUCAGCCUUGCUUCAUGAAUUCAUGGAUAUUUUCCCUGAGGAUCUUCCGCUACAGUUGCCACCAUUACGAGACAUCCAACACCAGAUAGAUCUUGUACCCGGUGCCACUUUACCGAAUCGGCCUCAUUACCGUAUGAGCCCGCAAGAACACGAAGAAUUACGAAGACAGGUGGAAGGGUUAAUUGCUAAAGGACACAUUCGCGAGAGUCUCAGCCCUUGUGCUGUUCCUGCGUUAUUGAUUCCAAAAAAGGAUGGUUCUUGGAGAAUGUGCGUCGAUAGUCGGGCAAUCAACAAAAUUACUAUCCAUUAUCGUUUUCCUAUUCCUCGGCUUGAUGACUUACUGGAUCAGAUUGGGAAAGCGACAAUUUUUUCUAAACUCGAUCUCAAGAGUGGGUACCAUCAGAUACGGAUCAAACCAGGUGACCAAAUGGAAAACAGCGUUCAAGACACGAGAAGGCUUAUUCGAGUGGUUAGUUAUGCCAUUUGGGUUAUCUAA